UUCUCAAACGCGCGGGGCUGCGUUGGGAAAGGGGAAGUGAGCCAAAGCCUCCGAGGCUUUGCCCGCCGCCUUUUUGGCGUGAGUUUCCACAUCCAGGUUCUAGUCCACCAGUGACCCUGGACUGUAGCAAAACAUAAAAAGCCCGAACCCACCUACCGCCACCAGCAUAGGUUCUGUAGCACGUAGCUUGUUCAGAAAUGGCAUCUAAGAAAUUUGCCAUUAAAUGUGGAAAUUUUGCUGUCCUCGUGGAUCUUCAUAUAGUGCCACAAGGUUCAAACAAAGAUUCCAGUUGGUUUUCUGAACAGAAGAAAGAGGAAGUUUGUUUGCUGUUAAAAGAAACCAUUGAUUCCAGAGUUAAGGAGUACGCGGGCAUUUAUAAACAGCACAGGCCUUCAAAUGCAGAAUUCACAAGAUCCAGUCCCUUGUCCUUAAAAGGUUAUGGCUUUCUCAUCACUGCCUAUUUCGUCAAGAGGGGGAUACACCUUCGCUGUAUUCAGAACUCACAGAAUACUGAACUUCGUAUAUUUCCUGACAGAUUUGUGGUCUGUGUUAGUCAGCUUCCAUUUGGUCCUGAUACUUGGACAAGCCAGAAUGAAAAGUCGACAAAAAGAACCCUCCAUGGAGUGUCUGACUAUUUUGCUGAGUGUGCAGAGAGUUCUCCUUCUCCUGCUACAAAGCACAAGAGAAAUGCUCUACAAGAAAUUGUGAGAAGAACUAAAGCAAAAAGCAGUGCUGGGAGCAAAUCACAGACCAGCACAGACCUUGUGGGAAGACCUAGUGACUCAGUCAUUGCCGUGGUACCAAGGAGGAGGGCCUCAGCCAUUCUCCUGUCAGAAACUAUGGGUCCAACACAAGAUGACAUAAAAGCAGCCAAGAGCCACCGGGGGCUUCCUGUUCAAAAGCUGGAAAAUGUUUCUCAGACUCAGCCAGAAGACACUAGCAGCCAGCAACGGCCUCAUCCUGGGGAGUGGUUAAAGACGGGGCUUCUAAGCAGGAGUCCUGUGUGUAGCUAUGAGUCAGCAUCACCAGGUCCAAAGCAAAGUCCACGAGCAGCCAAGACACAACAGAAACGCAGGAACUGUGGCUCUGCUGAAGUCUUUGACCACCGCAGCAGAGUUUCUCUUGGAAACGAUGGAUUAGUCCCAGGAGACAUGAUGGUAGAGAAGAGCACAGCUGUCAGUGUUUUGCCAGCAUUAGAGUUGUCAGAUACAGGGUUGCUUUUGAAUCAAGAUUUGGCGAAAGUCACAGCUAAAGAAGAGCUAUAUGCUUUGGAAAACCUCUCCUCCAGACACCUUAUGACAAACAACCCAGGGCUGGUGCAGCAAACUAGCUCGCCUGCAGUUGAUGAAAGAUUAGCUACAGUUCAAGGCGGCCCAAGUAAAAAAAGAAAGAAAUUGCAAAGUUCUAGCAGAGGAUGUAGUGGCAAGAAAAACUUCAGUGUAUAGUUCCUCUGGUUUGAAAAGAAUUGAGUAAUUAGUCUAAGCAAAUAUUUGGAGGUUGGGAGAUAUCUCAGCUUUUAAGAGCACUUACUGUCUCCAAGAGGACCCAGGUUGAGUUCCAAGCAUCUACAAGGUAACUGGAAACCAUCACGAACUCCAGAUCCGGGAGACACAACACCCACUUUUGGCCCCCAUGGGCACCAGGCAUGCCCACGGUAUGUAUAUGUACAAGGAGGCAAAACACACAUACACAUGAAAUAAAUCUUUAAAAACAAAACAAAACCGUUUGUGUUGGAAUUAGCUUUCACGGUCACCUCCUGGAAGCUGUUUUUCUAAUAGGCUUGUUACUUUCUCAUCAUGUUUAUAACUGUCUCUAGAAAAUAUUGUAUUAACAAAGAGCCCUACACCUAUGAACGAGUAAGCCAUGCCUCAGUAAUGUUGGGCAUUGUCACCCCAUCACAAUGAAGACCUCCUGAUGGGAUACAAAGAGACAGUGCCAUGUGCUGCAGGCCAGUUCUAGGGCUGCAGUACUCUUGCUCCUCAAACUGAGUGCCUGACCAUGAAAAUAGGUUAGUGGUUCUGUGCGUAAUGCAGGCAUUGGAGUCUUCGAGAAACUAGGAUUCUGAAAUAACACUAAAGUUGAUGAUUCCCUAGGAAUUAUGUCCUUCAGCCUGGCCUCCAUGGCUUCCAUCAGCUGGAGCCACACGUGGACAAGUACCCCCCUGUGCUCCCUUGGACUUGUAGAGCAUUUAGAUUGGGUUCGGUGUGUGAGUCACUUAGUUCCCAGGUUCUAUUAAAGGGUGGACACAGCACCUAGGGAGCUGUUGUAGCUGUAGUUGCCAGAGGUGAAGUUCUUCUCAGCCUUAGGUGAAGCCACGGAAGAGGUGUGUUCUGUGUAGCACGGCCUGACCCUAUCCUUGUUCACACCUCCAAUAUUCCAGUUACAGUUAGGACAGACUAGAACCCAAAGGGAGCUCAGUGACCAUUCCAGUUCCCAAUUUGGAAAAAUCCACAGGCCAUUUAAAUAACCUCUUUAGUUGUAUAACCUUCUCUCAAGAAAGAUAAGAAACUUAAGUUGUCAACAUGUAAGUGUUAUAUCUGAUCAUCCCAGCCUCAGAAGACCAGAAACUGCUUGCUGGUGUUCCUUUCCUUCUCUAUCUAGACUUUUUCUUGAGAGCCAAUUCCAACCUGUUGAAUCCUCAAUGCAAGCAUGAACAACCCCCUUAUACACCAGGGUGCAGCUCACUCAGAAAGAUCCUAAAGUCAAAACCAGACCUAUCAGAAUGAUGGGUGCCUCCUACUCCAGAACUAAGAUACUCUGACCCGAAAUAAACAGGGUUUUAAAUGUUUAAUGGUUAAGGUCAUAGUAUUUAAUUAUACUUAAAUGAAGGAUUUGCUUUCAAGAAAUGUUUUGUUUUUCAAAUCUGUUCUAUUGUAGGAGAUAAUGAUGAUUGUGACCAGUGAGGAAAAAAAAAUAGUUGUUUGGACUGUAUGUAGAUGUAUUCUUUCUCACAACCUUCAUGCACAAUGGAUUUUAACAGGAUUAGCAGGGAAUUACUUUGGGCUCCCACACUGUGGCAUUUGUUUAAGGAAUUUUGCCUUUAAGCAUUUUCCUGCAGUGUAUCUGAAACACCUCUGCAUCUCUUGUUUCUUGAAUGGUUUUACAAUUCUUUGAAUAUACAGACAAAAAGGAAAAUUAAUCCCAAGUGUUUUGUUACAUAUCAGGUGGACUAUUAAAUAUUUUCUGCUAUUGGGAAUUAUAUGCAGUUUUUAUAUUCUUAACAAUUAUGAUAACUUAGCAUUUGAAAGUCUGAGACCCUAUCAGUGUUGAUAAUCAAAAACAAGUUCUUCAACCCUUUGAUACUUCAAAUUAAAUUUAUAUUCAGGUCCCUGUGAUUCAGAUACUUAUAGGAUUAUGUCCAUCUAAUUCCCUUGAUAUUAUUGUAACUGAAGAACUUGCUCAUUAUCUGGGAUGCUAAGCCACCUUCAUGUACUUUCAAAUGACAUUUUAAUAAAUGACAUUUAAAAUCCUG